AAGCCUUUCAUAGUUCGAUAGUCGCCAUUGUUUCUAUAAACCCGACGGAAAUCUGGUAGAAUUGAGGAUUGCGAUAGACCCAUUUUAGGCCUAGGUCUAUAUGAAGAUAAUUUUAUUUAAGCGCAAAUUGAAACAGCAUUACUGAGCAUCGAGUAGCCUGCGCAGCAGCUGAAGAGCCAAGUGCAGCAGCAGUAACCCCCUGCAUGUUGUGAUAUAGAACUGGGUUUUAUUUUUGAAGAAUCCAUUCAGAAUUUAAAUUCCAGACAUACAGUUUUUGUUUUAAAAAAAAGUUCAAGAUUUUAGCAUAAUGUCUGAUGAUGAGAGCAGAGAUUCGAGGGGUGAUGGCUCUAUUAAAAAUGGUAGCGACCGUGAUGAUGUCUGCCGCGAUUUUCUGCGCAAUGUGUGCAGGCGAGGCAGGCGUUGCAAAUACAGGCAUCCUGAGACCAACAAUGAUUCUGAAGAUACUGGAAGAAAGCAAGAAAUUGAAUUUUGUCACGAUUUCCAAAACAAGGAGUGUAACAGAGCAAAUUGCAAAUUUUUGCAUUGUACAAGGAAGGAAGAAGAAUUCUAUCGUGCUACUGGAAAACUUCCUGAACAUAUUCAAGAAGCUUUGUCAAUGGGUAGAUCAAUGCCUCCAGUAUGUAAAGAUUUUCUGAAAGGAUUCUGCAGAAGAAAAAGGCGCUGUAAAUUUCGACAUGUUUCUGUUGAUGAAUAUAAUAUGGAAAUGGGACGUCGAGGGGAACUUCCUGACAGGAGGGAAAUGGGUCGAUUUGAAGAUCGGUUUGGGUUUGAUGCUUAUGAACCAGAACCUAAACGGAGAAUUUAUGAUGGACCAUUUAGUCCCAUGGAACGUCCAUUAAGAGGUGAUGUUCAUCACUUGUUGCCCAAUCCAAUGCCUGUUCAACAUGAUUUUCGAUUGCUUGAGGAAGAAAAUUUGAUUUUGCAACGCAAGGUUGAAGAGCUGAAAAAACAAGUUUCUGAGCUGACUGCAACUAAUGAGUUUCUGCUGGAUCAAAAUGCACAACUACGUAUCAGUAAGCAAACCACAAUGGUUCCUGUUAGCCAGAUUAUCAAUCCUCACACCAUGACUCCCAGCGCUGGCCAUAUUCCUCAGACUAUCUCUCAGCUUAACAGCGACCUUGCAGCUACUCUUCCCCCUCAGAGAAUUGCACCAGAGCUAACUGGGCAUACUCCUCAUAGCAUAGCAUCAAUGGCUCAUGUUACUUUGGCUCAACAAGGCAUUGCACCUGUUUCUAUGGCAGGGAUGUCUCAAAAUUUGUGUCAGACCAUUUCCAUGAGUGCACCUUCUACUCCAUUGGUUUCUUAUCCAAUCAUGACGCAAAGCAUGCGACCAGUUAUUCCUCACAGUUUAGACCACUGAAUAUUUGAUUUGCUUUUUCAGUCAAGUUUCUUAUGCUAUAUUCUUUUGUUGUGUUUAAUAAUUUUGUGAUUUCAGUUUUUUUUUGUUUUGCUCUUUUUUAGUGACAGAAAUGUGUGAAACAUUGAAGAAAGCAUUUCUACACAGAGAAAAAUUUUGGCUGUGUUAUGUUACAGGAAUAAGUGUCAGGAUGCAUUUUGAUCAGUCAUUGUUAUAACUUUCUGUUUAACCUAAAUGCAAGUUACAAGCCCGCUCCAUUACAAAGGCAAAUGUCAAACAGCUGGUUGUUCACUGCUUGUAGGUGGUGAAUGUUUAAUUCUGGCAUUUGACAGUUUUAAAGUUUUAUUCAAAUUAGUUUCAUUGCUGCAGGACACUUCAAUUUUUAUCUUCUUGUAUUAUGUGGAAUGGCUUGUUUCAUUAAUAUAGAAAUUAUCCUAACAGUGGCUUAUGUUUUAGAUAGGUUUUCAUAUAGCUACCCAUACAACAGAAAACCUAUUUGUUAUUCUGUCAUUUUCUUAGCUCAGCAAAGAAACUGUUUUAUAUGUUUCAAGUAUGUAACAUGUAGAUGUGAAAAACUGAAUCCUUUAGCUAAGUAUAGUUAAGCUGGAAUUUUUUGGUUCACCCACCUUGUGAUGUAAUGUUGUGUAGUACACUUUCAUAAACAAUAAACUUCAUGGAUUCAAACUUU